GUUGGCAUUUCUUUAAGAUUGCUUGUCAUCGACAUUUUUCUGCCGCGUGUACAUACUGUGCAAAAUACCCGGUCAAGAUUAAGGUUUGGUGAUAUCAAGCUUUGUUAAUUCCCAUUAACACGCGGCGUUUUUCGUUUAGCAAUUCAAUAAAUUACACACUUCACAAUGGCUGAUAUGGAAGAUACUCAUUUCGAAACUGGAGACUCUGGAGCUUCAGCGACCUAUCCCAUGCAAUGUUCUGCACUUCGAAAAAAUGGUUUUGUAAUGUUAAAAUCCCGCCCGUGUAAAAUUGUAGAAAUGUCCACUUCCAAAACUGGUAAACAUGGUCAUGCUAAAGUUCACAUGGUCGGAAUUGAUAUUUUCAACGGCAAGAAAUAUGAAGAUAUAUGCCCAUCUACUCACAACAUGGAUGUCCCACAUGUAAAACGUGAAGAUUAUCAGCUCACUGACAUUGAUGACGGUUACUUAACAUUGAUGGCUGACAAUGGAGACCUUCGAGAAGAUCUUAAAAUUCCAGAUGGCGAAUUGGGACAGCAACUUCGUAAUGAUUUCGAAUCUGGAAAGGAGCUUUUGUGCACUGUACUAAAAUCUUGUGGAGAAGAAUGUGUCAUUGCGAUCAAAACCAACACAGCCCUUGAUAAAUAAUGUAUUUUUCAACACAUUCAAAAUUAAAAUACUAUGAGAACCAAUUCAAACUGUUUAAACAAGUUUGACAAAGUUGUGUCGUUGAUAAUCCUAGUUGAUGUAUUGUCUAUUAAAAUCCUGACACUUCAAGCAUUGUUUAUGAAUAUAUUGAUCAAGAAUACAAGGUUUUUAAGUUCUCUCUGGAAUAUUUUUUGUUCUUCCAGAGAUGUUUAAUUGACAGUUGUCAAUCAAUUGGGUUUUUCAUAGACAUACAUUGUAACAGUAUGCUUGUUUUAAUAAAAUCAAUCAAAUUAAUAAAUAUCCAUGAUUAAGAUUUAUAUGAAUUAACAUUUUUAUUAAGUUUUUAUUUAUAUAAAUUUACUGGA